AUGUCGUCCAUCGGACCAUCACUACCGCCUCACCUCGCGAAGCGCAAGCGCGACGACAACGACGACGACGAUGAUCGCUCCUCCUCCUCCUCCUCCGCCUCCUCAUCGCCUGGACCUCGGCCCGCCUCAUCACUCGACAACAACGCGGAGAAGCGACGACGCGUCGUCGCCGGCCCGGCGCCGCCUCCGGCGCCACUGGACGAGAUGCCCGCAACUGCACCCGGGGGGGAGAGCGACGAGAGCAGCGACAGUGACAGCGACGAUGGGUUUGGGCCGGCGUUGCCUACGGCGGCGGAUGUGUCGAGGGUCAACGCUGCAAAAAAAGACGACGACGAGUGGAGCGCCGUGCGGCCACGGCCGGGCGAUGAGGACGGCAAGGAGAAAAAGGCGCAGAGAGACGAGUGGAUGAUGGUGCCGCCCAAGCAGGACGACCUCGCGGCGCGCUUGGAUCCGACGAAGCUGCGGGCGCGCGGGUUCCAGACGGGCAAGGGGGCGAGGGCGCCGAAUCACGGUGGGGGCGGUGGGGAUCUUGGGAUGUGGUUGGAGACGCCGGAGCAGAAGAAGAAGCGGUUGGAGAAUGAGGUCAUGGGGAAGGGUGGCUCGAGUGGCGGCCCUGGGAGCGCUGGUGGUGAGAGGGAUGCGAGGAGGAAGAGGGACGACGAGACGGCGAGGAGGCUGAGAAAGCAUGAGGAGAAGAGGAAGGGGGAGAGUUUGUACGAGAAGCAUAGGGAGAAGGUGGGCGAGAAGGAAGAUGACGAUCCGAGCAAGAGGGCGUUCGACUAUCAGAAGGAUAUGGCGAGCGGGAUGAGGAUUGAUGGGACAAAGCGGAAGGAGAUGAUUAGGAAGGCGGGCGACUUUUCGAGCAAGUUUUCGGGCGGAAGCUUCCUGUAG